CAAACUUCGAGAAUUCUCUUGGCGCCCUUUCUCGACGAUGGCCGCCUGUUCAUUUGCGCGACAUGCUCAGCAUUCUAUUCGGCGUCCGCUCACGCCUGCCCUGACCAAGCGCUGAGCUCACGUAAUGCUGACUUGCAGUCGGCAGCGGCACCAAUCGGGAGGGAUGCCAAAGUGCAUCGCUCGCAGGAAGCAAGGUUGAAUUCGCCAAUGAUCGCGUGGUUUGUCCCCUUUUCUUUUUCUUUUCUUUGCGAGUUCCCGGGCUGCGAUCUUUGCCACGUCCGGCGGCCGAGACGGCAUCCCAGCGCGUGCGCGCGGGCCAGUCUGGAACAGCAUCCCAUCCUCCCAAGCACCCUUACGUGCUCGCGCGCGAAAAGAUCUGAUUUCCGUCGUAUCGGCGACAGUUCGGCAACCGCUGUUCGCUUGGCUGGGCCUCGCGGUGAUCUCCCUGGGGACAGUGGAUGCGAGCGCGCGAUUCUCUGGACCUUCCUCUCGGACAGUUUCUCAGCCCUAUGCACCUCCGCCCGAGGCAAGCCGCACCCGAAAAUCCGACGCCGCCCCACCACAACCGCCCGGGACAUCUGAACCAAGCUUGGGAGGUCGCCGUCUCCGUCGUCCUCAUGCUCGUGUUUGGACUCAUCCUCGGCACCGUCCUCUGGCAUAACCGCGAGACGAAGCGGCGGAGGGAGCGGUUCCUGGCGGAGGCGCAGCACAGACGCGAGCGGCGGGCUGCUGCGCGCGAGAUAGCGCUGUCACGCGCGCCCUCGAGGCAAGCAGCGUUGUUGAUACGGCCGCCACCUGCGCCGACGAAGAUCACCAUCGAGUCUGACGUCGGGCCCUCCCGGUAUCAUAGGGCCCAGUCCUGAUUCCUGAACCGCAGCUGUGGGGCGCACCUGCCCGCUGCAGGCGCACCCACCAUCUGUACAUCUUAUCACCGCGUGCUCUGCGUCUCCGAGAUGUGUUUACCCAUAUCCUGACUGUCGAGGCCACUGCUUCUGACGUGCUUAGGAAAUGUAAUCUCGACACCGUCAUGACGGCCCGCACAAGCCCAAGUCCUUUCCCAGGCUCAGCCGUUUAUUCUCAUGAAACAGCCUAUUUGGUCACAUGCACACGGACCCCCGGUCGCAAGAGUUCUGCGUCUGAUUUGCACCACAUUGGACACAGAUCGCCCCCAGUAUGGAUCAUUUCCCUCAAACUCUAUGCAUUGUAGCCCAAAUCCAGACCAUAUAUUCUUUCCUGGCAUGCUAUCUGCUAUGAUAUGAGCCUAUCGUGGCUCGAAGCUGGGACCUCGGCUACAGCCUCGCACCUCUUUUGGGCAUUCGCACUGAACUCUCUGCGCUACCUAACUAACUGAGCUAAGGCCACUCCCGGGCGCUGAUUUGCGCUAUUCUGGACUACCCCUAGUCGUCGGUGACCGGGGGCCUCCGUGAACACGCAUGUGAGAGUACACAGGUCCCGUGUCAUUCUUUCCUUCGAACGCAAACUAUAGACUCGCCCAGCCAUCUUGGCACUGGUGGAUCGGUCAUCG